AUGCUAGGUAGGUUUCUGCAGGCAAAGACGUAUCGGAUGAAGAUAGUGCCGAGCCCUGCACUCCAAAGGGGAAGCAGAGUCUAUACGCAUACGGGGAGUUGCCAGGAGACAAGCCAAGUCUGUGAGGAGUACUGUGGGCGCAAAGGUGGCAAGUACAACUCGCAGAACGCCCUGUGCGAAUGCGCUGGUCUUUCUAAUGUUGAAGACGUCUGCGACGAUGAGUGCAAAGAACGACAAAAAUCCAUUUCAGUUGAAGGCGGCAAUCUAGUGGUGACAAAUGAGGAGGGCAGCAUUCAUUCAACCUUCAGUCUAGCGGCUCUUAGCGGACGCUCAGAUGUGUUGUUCGGCAACCUCACCUGUUCAGAAGCCAAGUGUCCAGCGUUACUGUACUCCGUUGCUCAAGAUGGAAGCACACACGGCUACUUCGGAGUUCCUGAUGAGCUAUUGGCUGUAAUCGAUGAACGACUGGACUCAGAAGUGGCUAAGGCGCGGGCUGAAAUUUUGAGCCCGCUGACACAGCUUCGACCUAGGUUGCUCCAAGCGGCAGGGCAGGUGCCGUCUCUCGAGAACCCUUUACUAUGCAUUUUGACUGGAACAUCCGUUUUAUGGAUAUUGGAGCCUGGAACGGAGCCCGUGUAUCCCGUGCACGUGCGCGAUUCCCUUUAUAACACAGAUACGGGAUUUGACGCCGGAGAAUUCAAAAAACUCAAGACUGAGAUGGAAUCUGGGGCGCAAUUAGUGCUUUUUGGUCACACAUUUACAAGCCCGGGUGUUGUAGUGUUUGCGACGAACCUUAAUUUGAAUCGCAUUAUCUUCAUCAAAGUUGUGGACGAAGAAGAGCAAUGCGGAUCCAUAGAGCGCGAGUUGCCUCACCCAGCAACAGACGAGUUCAUCGCAGCGCUUUCCCUGGAAUUCCCUGAGAGUGCUCGUUUCGGAAGCCCUGACUGGCCAGCACUGUUCAUAACGUUUGGAAUUGUAUUGCUCAUUGCGCUUUGCUUGUUGCUGCUGCAAUAUCAACUACGCACAAAGUACUGGACGUUUGCGCCUCCUCUUCAAGUUGACCACGGCAACGAUGCAAAGGAAGAAUCAGGAACAGAAGCUCAUGAACCGGAGGUCGCAAAUACAUUCACGGACUUGGACCCUCGUGUUUUCCAGGCUGUAUAUUGCAAGCUUCUGGAAACAAUGACUAUGCUGAGAGAACAACUAGAACACAUGGGUUUGCAACAGGACCAGCUUAUCGAACUCGAGCUCGAUAUGGCAGGGCCUUUACGGACAUCGUUGUUCCCUAUCUUAGCGGAGGCUUCCGAAAAAAAGGCGUGGGUUGAAGUAGAAGAUGCGGAGCUGAGCGAAAAGCUUGUUGAUAUGAAGAGCCUAAUGCACCUUCGAAAAGGCGCAUUUGAGGAGGCUAGCUGA